AUGGCCUCGCCGCGCGCCUCGCGGGGGCCGCCGCUGCCGCUCCUGCUGCCGCUGCUGCUGCUGCUGCUGCUGCCGCCGCCGGCGGCCCCCGGGCCGCGGGGCCAGCCGCCCUCCCCGGCCAGCCGCGCGCCGAGCGGGGCGCCCCUCGCGGACGCGGGGCUGGCGCGGCCGCCCGAACCCGGCUCGGAGCGCGAGCUGCAGCCGCUGCCGCCCCAGCACAGCCGCGGGCCCGCGCCCCCCGCUCCCAGCCCCACGCCCUCCGGGCCGGGCGUCACGACACGGCGGGGCCCCUCCGGCCGAGGCAGGAGCGCGGCUGCCGUCCGGAACCAUUGGCCAGAAAAUAACACUGAGCCCCACUUAGAAAACAUCACCUUUUAUCAGGGUCAAGGAAACUUUUCAGCAGUGGUCUCCAAAGAGCCUGUGAUGGUUCAGACUUCCAGAAAGAGCCACACUUCUUCGAGCGCUCCAGAAGACUUUACUCUACUGACUGAAACAGCGAAUACUGGAAGACGAUCUGACUCUCCUAGUGGAACAGAUUUCAUCAUGUCCCCUGCUGGGGGCUCACCUGAGGUAGCAACAGCUCUGAAUUCCCAGAACAACACCUCAGCCUGGGAAAAGCUUCACUGGUCAUCCAGCGGUUCAGAGUCAGAAAAAAGGAUUGCUGCUUCUCAAACAGAGAGUGGAAUGCUCCAGGGCUCCCUGGCCAUGGGAAAGCGUCUCCCAGAAGAAGCGACUAUGCGCCCUCAAGUGGCUGCCACUUCUGUUUUGAGCCAGUCCUCUCUUCCUGCUUUGGAGAUGGGAGAACAGACCACGUUCUUGGGGAAGAGAAACUCCUGGGGACCAGAGCUCUCCUCCCAACAUUUCUCCAGGACUCCAGCUUACACCCCUCCCUCAGACCAUUCUUCAUCUUCUGGAAGUAUAAAGGAGCUAAAUAACUUCACUGCCUUCAGUAGUCCCUCAGCCAGUCAGACAGAGAGUAUGCAUGAUGCCACCAUGUUUACUGAUGGUGUCCCUAGGAUGCUCCAAUCUUUACCUGUCAGCCUGGGACCUGUAAAUGAGACAGAGCACUUCCCUGAGUACUCCGAAAUUGCCGCCACUUCAGCAUCAGUCCAUUCUUCACCCUCUGUAGAGGAAUCAAGAAGGAACAGUGAAGUAACUGGGAAUCUAGGGAAUGCGGAGAUCACUGAACCGUCAACAGAAAAUGGAUUUAAACUUACAUCUUCUGAGAUCUCGAUGGAAUUUUGGCAAAGUGAUUCUCCAACCUCCGGAGGACAUCACCUUGCCACCAUCUCUGAUGCAAACAAUGGAAGUUCCAUUUCUCAGACUGAGACUGUGUCUAGAUCGGUGCCAUCCAUUGAAGGUGGAGAGAGCACAGCACACUGGUCCUUGACCAACAGCAAGAUGUUUGUAAAUGGGACAGGAAGCUCGACUUCACCUCCUGAAGCUAUGAACUCUUCAGUUUUGACCCAGUUCUCUGACUCUGCUCCACAGCCCGAAGGAAGCACGUUGAGUGAUAGGAAUUACUCUGAGCCAUCCACAGAGUCUUUGUCUGUAUCUUCCUCAGAAAGCCUGGAUCCCUCAGCAUCACGUGGUGAACAUUCAACUGUUGAAGGCAGCCAUGACGUGGCAGGCAGUUCAGUCCCACAGGAAAAGACUUCCGGUUCUCACCCUCACAGCCCACACACGUCAGCUACUUUCACUAGAGGUGGAGAGCGGACGCUGCGGUCUCUUACCAACGGGAGCACAGCUCCUGAGGAAGUGGGGAGCUCUGCCUCGGUGCUCAGAGAAACAGAGAGCGCCACACAGCAUCUGGACGUGACUGAGGACACAGACUUCGUUUCAGGUUCACUGGCUGCCUCGCAUGUCCUUGGGGGUACUGUGUCUGCAGCUGAAUCUCCUUUUCCACAUUCCUUCAGCUCAUCUGUCCAUCUUCCCACAGCCCUAGAAGGACUCAGUUUUCUGUCAACACGGAAUGUACCUUUCAAGCUCUCCGGAGUCACUGGAGUUGGUUACGGUCAAUUGAAUGGCACAGAUAUGGAACAGAGGACUUCCAGCGACCUCACGGACCACACCUACGCUUCAUCUACCUUCACCAAAGGAGAACGGGCAUUACUGUCCAUUACAGACAACAUGGACACAAGGGAGAGUUCAACCUCUUAUAUCAAGAUCUCCAACUCUUCACAUGUGCAGUAUUCUUCCUCUUCUCAUGCUCGGACUGAGAGAAGUAAUGCCUCAUCCUCAUCCUAUGAUGGGGAAUAUGCUCAGCCUUCCACUGAGUCACUGGUUAUGGGUACUCCCAACCCUCCAUCCUACACGCCCACCACUAACUUGUCAAAUACUUCAAUUCUUCCGGACGUGUAUGCUGAACCUGUUGGUGACUCCUCUUCUUCUCCAUCAGGGGCCCCUUUGCCUCUGCCGUCAGUGUCACAGUCCCACCAAUUGUUCUCAUCAGCCCUACCAUCAACCAGUGCCUCUGCUCCUCUACUGAAGUCUACCUCGGAUGCGUUUUUAUCUUCCUCACCUUCACCUUUACCAGUGUCCUCGAUAGCAUCUACCCCUGCCUCAUCUACCACUGCCCCGUCUACCCCUGCCCCAUCUACCCUUGCCCCAUCUACCCUUGCCCCAUCUACCCUUGCCCCAUCUACCCUUGCCCCAUCUACCCUUGUCCCAUCUACCCCUGCCCCAUCUACUCCUGCCCCAUCUACCCCUGCCCCAUCUACCCCUGCCCCAUCUUCUGUCUCACAACCAACCUUACCACGUUCAUCUUCUACCCCUGUCCUGCCUAGGACAAGGGAGACUUCUGGGACUUCACUUGGGACAUGGACAAUGGCAUCAUCCAUAGCCAUGCUCCAUAGCAGUCAAACAGCAGAUCCUAAGAACCAGAGUGACCCAUACCAGGAGAAAGCCAUUACAGAGCCAAAGUCACCAAGCCUAGGGUCUUUGCCAAAAGUGUCCACCGAAGCUGGAACAGUGAGUUCUCCUUCGGGAGUCCCUUUGCCCCCAGCCUUAACAGAGUCCUCCACCAAGCAAACUCUUCCAGCCUCGAGCACCAGCUUAGCCCAAGUGUCUCCAGCUCUGAGAGCCACCACUCUUGAGACUUCUCAUCCCUCUGUGACCACUGUCAGUCUCCCAUCAAGCACAGUGGCUCUGAUGAGUGGUACCACAAUAGUACAGACUACAUCUGGAAAACAGGUCUUGCCAAUAAGUCCUGAGAUCCUAGUGCCACAAAUCUCAACACAGGAUGCUGUCACCACAAAAAGGACUCAAGUUCAUGUAGAUACUACCACCAGAUUGAUUCCUCUGACCAGUGCACCCACAUCAGCAAGAGAAUUGGCUACAAGGCUUAGUGUUACAGAAGAGCACAGCCCAGCUUCACAUUUCUCCAGAGCACCUCCUUCUCCUCAAACCACAGAUGUUUCUACUGUUCAAGCACUGACUCUUAAAUCUACCACCUUCCCUGCUCAGGGCAGCACACAGUCACCAACGGCAUUGUCAUCUCCAGCCUCAGUCAACAUCUGUGCCACCAACCCUUGUCUUCACGAUGGGAACUGCAUUGCUGAUGCCUCCAGCCGUGGGUAUCGGUGUGUGUGCUCACCUUCCUGGAGAGGGGAUGACUGCAGUGUGGAUGUGAAUGAAUGCCUCUUGAAUCCCUGCCCUCCCCUCGCCACAUGCAACAACACUCAGGGAUCCUUCACCUGCAAAUGCCCUGUUGGGUACCAGUUGGAAAAAGGAAUAUGCAAUUUGGUUAGAACCUUUGUGACAGAGUUUAAAUUAAAGAAAACUUUUCUCAACACUACUAUGGAAAAACAUUCAGACUUACAUGAAGUUGAAAACGAGAUCACUAAAAUGUUAAAUGUGUGUUUUUCAACGUUACCUGGCUAUACCCGAUCCACAGCUCAUGCUUCUGGGGAGUCCAGCAUGGUGGUGCUGUCACUGCAAACCACCUUUUCCCUGGCCUCCAACGUGACGCUGUUUGACCUGGCCGACAGGAUACAGAGGUGUGUCAACUCCUGCAGGUCCUCUGCCGAGGUCUGCCAGCUCCUGGGAUCUCAAAGGAGAUUCUUUAGAGCGGGCAGCUUGUGCAAGAGGAAAAGUCCCGAAUGUGACAGAGACACCUCCAUCUGCACUGAUCUGGAUGGCAUUGCUCUGUGCCAGUGCAAGUCGGGCUACUUUCAGUUCAACAAGAUGGAUCACUCUUGCCGAGCCUGCGAAGAUGGAUACAGGCUUGAAAAUGAAACCUGUAUGAGUUGCCCAUUCGGCCUUGGUGGUCUCAACUGUGGAAACCCCUAUCAGCUCAUCACGGUGGUGAUCGCAGCCGCAGGAGGUGGGCUUCUGCUUAUCCUAGGCAUUGCACUGAUUGUUACCUGUUGCAGAAAGAAUAAAAAUGACAUAAGCAAACUCAUCUUCAAAAGUGGGGAUUUCCAAAUGUCCCCAUAUGCUGAGUACCCCAAGAACCCUCGCUCGCAAGAAUGGGGCCGAGAAGCUAUUGAAAUGCAUGAGAAUGGAAGUACCAAAAACCUCCUCCAGAUGACAGAUGUGUAUUACUCGCCCGCGGGUGUAAGGAAUCCUGAACUUGAACGAAAUGGCCUGUACCCGGCCUACACUGGAUUGCCGGGAUCGCGGCAUUCUUGCAUUUUCCCUGGACAGUAUAACCCAUCGUUCAUCAGUGAUGAGAGCAGGAGAAGAGACUACUUUUAACUACAGAAUAGAGAGGGAGGGCCCGCUGCUCUGAGCGAGUUACCCAGACUUCACGGGACUGCACCAGAACAGAGCGCCACCGCUGGCUGCUCCCGGGACUUGUUGGAGCCACACUGGAGUGGCAAGCAGAAAGUGGGACAGGCGUGAGGGGAGUGACCACAGUGGAAGGGGACAGAUGGGGCCUGUGGAUGUGGUACCACAGGCUGCCCAUUUGGCACCUUUAUCGCUGCUGUGAAUGUGAACAUGGGCCAGUACAGAGAGAGUUUCUAAGAAUAACUGCGACAUGGCCACUAGCUCUAAGGCAGAUCAACUAAGGUAAAUCGCGUUAGGCAUCAUGGCAAGGACCCAGUUUUUCCUUAGUUUGCACUUUAGUGAAUUGGAUGAGGAAGUCUCUUUUUGGAUUUAUUUCAAGACUAAUUCCAAAAGACCUCUUUUCCUCAGACACUUCCAUAAGCCUCAAUUUGGUGAUUCAUUUGAAGCAAAAUACUGGCUGUAGUUAUUUUCCUGCCUGGUGCCUACGUGCUAAACGACAGAUGAUGCUAAACAUACCACUAAGGUUUGAAGAUGCUGCAGUUUAACGCACAGUAUUUUAAUAUGUUUUUAGGUCUGAUUUUGCUACAGUUUCCAAGCCAACUCCCAAAAUGAGGACUUGAAAUGAGUGAGGCACGGCACACAUCUCCAACUUGUUUUUAUCAAGGUGGCACAUUUACUUAAAAUUAUCUUGUCCCUUUGCAGUGAAGUCUCCCUUCUUCAAACAAGUCUGGGUCAGGGCAAAAUAAUGUCUAUUUAGUUCAGUUAGAGGCAUCCAGCUGCCCCGUGGUAAGCCCAGCAGGCAGAAUCGGGGGGCUGGCCCUAGUAUGGCCCUGGCGGAUGAUCUAGCAAGUUGCGAGGUGGGGGCACUUUUUAUCAGUGAGGCCAUUGUGAGAUGUAUGGGACUCUGACCGCCAUUUUGGAGGCCAGAGGCUGCUAUGGAUGGGUUAGAAUGGAGUGCUGAAUAGAGGUGUUGUCUGAGCUGGUAUUUUCACCACCAAAGGAAAAGCAACGUGAUGUGAUUCUGCAGCUGAAGGUGGUUAGAGGGAUGGACAACACAAGCAUGUCAGAGUUCCCAAAACACCAGUGCUUCAGGAAGCUGUGUGAAUUUCUGCGGAAGAAUAGGGAGCCUGGAUGGAGCACCACUUGGUUUGCUUACCUGCUAGUAUUACCUCUUUGAUUGUACCCAUAAUCCUAUCCACAGACCCAGUGUAAACUUUCAGCUGCUCAAAGCUAUUUGUUCGUUGAAGAAAUCACCAUCUUCUCUCAUCCAGUAAUUUCUGCAUCUUUACACUACUGUGCCGUUCCCCAGAACCAUGGUUAUAAGUCAAGUCAGCAUCAGAGAACUAAAGACUUCUGGUCAGUUAGGGAGUUGGGAGUUCGCCUUUGGGAAGGAAAUUCUACACAUCUAAUUUCUUGUACCUGUGACAUGGGUCCUACAAGGGGGCAUAUCCAGUGCCCAGUGUCUUUACUGCCUCUUGUGGAGCUGUGCUUAUUCUCAUCAUCUGCUUUUGAAACAUCCUGGUUUAGGAUGACAUGAACACAGAAGCAAAGGACACAUACUCUUUUGGAAAUGGUUCAACCAUUGGGAACAAUUCCACACUGGGCAUGGUUUUUUCUUCAAGGUUCUCUAAUCUCCUCAGAGCUGUGUAGUCCUCAUUCUGAUGUCAUCUUCGUUCUCCUGGUUUUAAGCACAUACUGCUGUGUGCCACGGGCCUCCAUUGCUCACCAUCAUCACUCUGCUGAGGUAGGAGUGUGCUUCAGGUGUGAUGCAUCUUAGCACAGAAAUCCACUCAUCUCAUGGGACAGACACAAAAAAUUCUGUUUUUAUCAAUGGAUGCCAGGCUCAAAUUUGAGAGCAUCAUAUUGCCCUUUUGAAAUCUUGGGUCUUAUAUCCACCUGGAGAGCUCAGAGCUCCUGUACUCAGCUCACCUGAGCUCACAGACUUGGCACCUUUGUGAGGGGAGCCCAGCUUUCUGGCUCUUUCCAUAGCCUCCUUGCUCACCCCAGGACCCUUGGCUAUGGGAAGAGCCCAGGUGUGGGAUUCAUUCCCAGGCAUACACUUCUGCCUUCAGCUGACAUCACAGCUGACAGAUCACCUGUAUCAGGGUCGUUCGCUAUCAGCUCCACAGUGAACUGUUCUAUCCCACAAGAAUUCUUGAGAAGAAUCCCAGUCCAGAAAAGAGUGUCCCAUGAGUUCCAAAAAUGCUUUCCUGUUAAUUGUCUAUAUGGGGUGGAUUAAGAGUGUAUUUUUUUUUAACUGUGAAAAAAUGAGACACCCUGCCAGGUUGAGUGAACAUCGUACCUACAAUUUCUAGGGGGCAGUGGGGAUGGGGAAAGCGCAACUCAAGAACCAUGAGGUUCUAAGAAGUGCAUGGCUGUUCCCCAGUGCUAGCUGCCCACCUGGUGAGGCAGGGAGAGGCUGGCUUCACCCCUGCUUGUGGGUAAUCAUUCCAGGAGGGUUCUGCCUGGGCUGAGGGGAAAUGGCUGGUUGCCAGGAGCAACCCCUGGACGGACAGCCGGGCUGGGCAUGCACCUGGCAAACAGGAACUCUCCGCUCUGACCCAGGUGCUCCAGCGUCUGUCCCCUCCUGUAAAGUGUGAGUCAUGCAUUUGGAGCACCGUGGGGUCCCACAGCUGGCGGAAGGUGAGAGGAAGAGAAGUGUGACACUUGAGUUGCUUAAGCUUCUGUAGGGAAGAGCCCAGCCAGAUGGCACCUGUGCGGCUUGAAGUGUUCAGAGCUCACUCUCAGGUGGGGGAGGUGCUCCCCGCUGGCCUCCCAGCACCUGGGGGUUUUGUGUAAGACCCACCACCACCCGCUGCUGUUGCGUCCGACUCAUGACAACCCUGUGUGUGUCAGAGUAGAGCUGACCUCCAUAGGGUGGAUCACCAGGCCUUCCUUCCGAGGCAUCUCUGGGUGGACUCGAACCUCCAACCUUUCAGUUAGUAGCUGAACACAUUAACUGCCUGGGACACCCAGGGCCAUGCAAGUUCUCUUAGUUCCCCGAUCUUUUCCUCUUUUCCCCAUGAGCCAGCCCAGGGCACUAAAGUCUGUUUAUUGAGGGGAUGCAGCUGACAUCUCUUGUGUCCUCCCGUGACAAGGCUCCAUGCAAGGUACUUGGCCUCAGACACCCCUGAGAGGUAGGCAUGAGAGAGCCCAUUCCUCAGACAGAAACCUGCAGAGAGGCAAACUAAGUUGCCUUGUAAAGCUGGGAUUCAAACCCCAGUCUGCCUGGCUCUUCUUUGCACUUUCCACUAUCCCUCUCAGCCUCACCAUCCAAAGGGGACAAGAGAGAAGAAUGGGCUUAAAAAAUAAGUUCUUAUUUGUCUUAAAGAGCCUAAGUAUUAUCAAGCAGUAGCUGACCUACUGGCAUAAAGUGCAAGAAAAAUGUUGAAUCCCCUUUUGGAAAGUCCUUCCCGGUUUGUUUUUGCAUAUGUGUUUUUGAAGGUGGCAGUCAUCACGAAGAAAAUCGUGGCUGGCCUCACUUAGCAAGGAGCGCGUUGGUAUGUGGCUUUGGGUGUGAAGGUGUAAAGUGAUGGCCUAGAUUUUUUAGAGACAUGGCCAGACUUGGUGUCCCACUGAGGGCUGCCUGCGUCAGAGGAGACCCCGAGAAGACUCGAGACAUGUUCCCGUAGUAAGGCCCCGGCUCCCAGCACAUUGGGAGCGCAUUUUUGUGAACCAUUACCAGAGUUGGAAACAUAGUUUGUUGAAUGUCUUAAAUGCUUGCAAGCCUUCCUCCUUUGAGAGGAAGUUUAUUUUCAGGAGCAGCUAAGUCAUUUAGAGCCAAAAUUGCUGAAUGGGUGGUGUAAUUGAGCUGGCUGAUAGCAUUUGAGGUUGGAAAACAAGACGUGACUAUUAAGUUCUUGAAGACAUGACUCUUGAAGUUGGCUUUGAGGGCCCUUCCCCAGAGGGAAGGGCAGCAUCCUUGGAAUAUGAGGCUGGAUGGCUGCCCAGGAAAAGGCCUCUGUGGGAUGAUACUGACUCAGGUGUAAACGGUCCCCAAGCAGGCAUGUUAGAGGCCCUUGCACUUGGCUUUGUGGUGCCCCCGUUCAGCCAUUUUACCCACCUGCAGGUGCCCGGGUGCCCUGUAAUGCUGCUCAGCUUUGCCUGAAGAAGCUGGGGCUGCACAGCCCAGUUGCCCUUGGCUUAGUUCAGCCUAACACAUUCAAAACGAGGGUUUUGACCUCCAAGCUCUUAAGUACCUACCCUGAUUGUUAGACCGGAGCACUUCUUUAGAGAGAGGAGGAGAGCAAAGUUUCGUAUCUCAGUAUUUUGUCUCUUAUGUAAAAAUGCACUCAGUAUCAGAGAGGUUUUUCUGUCUGAAAGCUUCUGGGGGGAUUAGAAAGGACAUUUCAUUUGCUUCUUGACAAAGUGGCAUUCUGAGGUUCUCAUGCCUUUUUGGAAACAGAGGCAGGACUUUGUAGGCUUGGCCUUUUUUAAUCCCCCGAAAAGAAAACUGGCUAAAAUUCUAGGACCAUUAAAGUAUUACAUGUCAAUUAAUUUGUUUUAUAAAGUAUCUUUUCAAUAGUGUUGUUAUUGUUGUGUGCCAUUGAGUCUAUUUCCGACUCAUAGCGACCCCGUGUGACAGAGUAGAACUGCCCCAUAGGGUUUUCUAGGCUGUAACCUUUACGGGAGCAGAUGACCAGGUCUUUUCUCCCAUGGAGCUUCUGGGUGGCUUCGAACCACCAACCUUUCAGUUAGCAACUGAGUGCUUAACCAUGGUGCCACCAGGGUUCCCUUCAAUACUGUUAUAAACCAUCAUAUCUGGUGUUAGCUCUUCACAGACAAGUCUGUGAAACCAAAGGGGCAAUUUAGAUCUAAAAAGAGAUGGCAUUUUUCAGAAGACGUUUUAGAGAAUUUUCACAUGAGGUCCUGGUUGUAUUUUAUUCUUUAGAUGCAUCUAAUUCAUGUCAGGUGCAGGGUUAUUGGGUAGCAAGGAUGGGGCAAGACAGGGAGGGAACCCACCAGUCUCCCUGGCAAACUAACCCAGCUCACUUAUCUUUCUGUCCUACCUUGUUGGCCUGUUCUAAAAGGAAAGGGGACAUUUCAUCCUGGAUUGCUGUGAGUUUUGUUAAUGUUUGUGUCGCUGGAUUUACAGUUAAAUGAAGCAUAUAGCUGGACUAUGAACUUUUUCAGUUUUCCCAUUGUCCCGGAUUCCUCUUUGUAAACCUUUAAACCUUAGCCCCUGAUCGACUGUGUUAAGUCCACUAUGAGAAUGUUAUUUAAAGUUGUGUUAUAAUUGCAACCUCCACUAAUUAUUCAGUACUGUAGCAGCAAAGUAUUAUUUGUAAGAAUUUGGUUAUUUUUAUACUUAUAUCCACUAUAAGUCUGGCGUUCUAGUCAGUCAAAUGAUGCAAUAAAAUUAAUAUCAUUUUCAUUGUGUGUUUUGUCUCUUAAUAACAAGCAAACCAGACCAGAGUGCAACAAGUUAUUUUUCAUGAGGCAUCGCCUCAACAGCAGGUCUGUACAGUGAAUUCCUGCAUGCCGAAUGUAGGAAACCAACCAACCAACCAACCAGGUGCUGUCAAGUCACUUCUGACUCAUGGCUACCGCAUGUGUGUCUGAGUAGAACUGUGUUCCGUGGGGUUUUCAAGGGUGUGACCUUUCAGAAGCAGACCCCCAGGCCUUUCUUCCAAGGUGCCUCUAGGUGGAUUCAAACCACCAACAUUUCAGUUAGUAGUUGAAUACUUAGCUAAUUAUGCUACCCAGGGACUCCUUCAAAUAACUGAGUCACUUCUGUGUCCUCAGUGCCAAGUGCAAUGAGGAAAUACACUUUUUUUUAUUAUGCUUUAAGUGAAAGUUUACAGUUAAGUUACUCACUCGUACAAAAAUCCUAAUACACACAUUGUUGCUCACCCUGUAAUGUGACAGCACACUCCUCCUUUCCACCUUGGAUUUCUCAUGUCCAUUCAACUAUCUCCUGUCCUUUUCUGCCUUUUUAUCUCGCCUCCAGACAGAAGCUGCCCAUUUAGUCUCAUGUAUCUACUUCAGCUAAGAAACACACGCCUCACCAGCAUUAUUUUAUGUCUUAUAGUCCAGUCUAACCUUUGUCUGAAGAGUUGGCUUUGGGAAUGGUUUUAGUUUUGGGCUAACAGAGAGUCUGGGGGCCAUGUCUUCUGGGGUACCUCCAGUCUUAAUCAGACCAUUAAGUCUGGUCGUUUUACUGGAAUUUCAGUUCUGCAUCCCACUUUUCUCCUGCUCCAUCAGGGACUCUGUUGUGUUCCCUGUCAGAGCAGUCAUUGGUGGUGGCUGGGCACCAUCUAGUUCUUCUGGUCUCAGGCUGAUGGAGUCUCUGGUUUAUGGGGCCCUUUCUGUCUCCUGGGCUAAUAUUUUCCUUAACUCUUUGGCAUUCUUCAUUCUCCUUUGCUCCAGGUGGGUUUGGACCAAUUGAUGCAUCUUAGAUGGCUGCUUGCAAGCUUUUAAGAACCCCAGAUGCCACUCACCAAAGUGGGAUGCAGAACAUUUUCUUAAUAACCUUUGUUGUUCCAGUUGAUCUAGAUGUCCCCUGAGCCCAUGGUCCCCAGACCCCCACCCCUGCUACUCUGUCCCUCUAAGUGUUUGGUUGUAUUCAGGAAACUUCUUAGCUUUUGGUUUAGUCCAGUUGUGCUGACUUUCCCUGUAUUGUGCGUUGUCCUUCUCUUCACUUAAGAUAAUCCUUGACUAUUAUCUAGUUAGUGAAUACCCCCUCCCUCCCUCCCCAUCCGUGUAACCAUCAAAGAAUGUUUUCUUCUGUGUUUAAACCUUU